UCAACAAAAGACUCUUGAAGACAAACUGAAACUCCUUGAAGAACAACAUGAAGAUGAACUGAAGAGAAGACGAGUGGAGUGGAGAGAGGAAUAUGAACGAGAGAAAGAGGAAAUGAAGAAGAAGAUCUGCUCUGAAACUGAUCAUUCACUACAGGGAGAAAACAAGGAUAUUGAACCAGCAGGAGUCAGAGCAGAAAAAACACAAAAUCUAUUUCACAGACUUCAUUUUGAAGACAAACAUCUCAACAAACUGAGAGCUGCAGAUGUUCUUCAGAUAACUGAACAUUCAUUACAGUCUCAUGAGUCUUGUGCUGAAGAACAGCUGAUUCAGACUUUCAUACAGAAACUACUGAUGAUGAACUACAGAGCAAGAUACAUUAAAACCAAUCAGCUUAUGAACACUGUUCACCCGAUGGAUGUCCAGAUGUCCGUGUUUUCAUUGUGCUGAUGUUUUCCUGAAGCAGCUGAUGGUCACUAAACUGUCCCAGUGUCAGUUCGCUCUGCCUCUGCUUGUUCCUGAUCCAUUCACACAACAGAUUGAGUUUCCUCUCUGGACAUUCAGACAAAUCAACAAGAGCUGGAAGAUCAGAAACACCAACAAUGAAAUCAUCAGUCAAACCCAGCCGAUCUACAAGACACAAACUCCAAUGGUGUUUUUCUUCAGGUUUGGCUCUGUGUCUUCAUCCAAGUCUCAUCUGAUGAACAGACUGAUCAAUGAGAAACACAACACGUUCUUCCACAGAAACUGCCCAGACAGCAGCAGAACCAGAGUCCUGAUGGAUGGAGUGGUGGAGAUCGCCUGGUUCUGCCCCUCUGGAACAAACACAGAUAAAUUCACUGAGUGUGUUGUGUUCUGUAUCUACACGGUGAUGCAGGAGACCAUGAGAAACAGCUGCAGAUCCUCACUGAAAUCCUCUCUUCUGCCCAAGGCUAGUGCUCACAAAGUCUACAGACAACUUUGA